AUGGCGCCCACCAUCCAGACCCAGGCCCAGCGGGAGGAUGGCCACAGGCCCAAUUCUCACCGGACUCUGCCUGAGAGGUCUGGAGUCGUCUGCCGAGUCAAGUACUGCAAUAGCCUCCCUGACAUCCCCUUCGACCCCAAGUUCAUCACCUACCCCUUUGACCAGAACAGGUUCGUCCAGUACAAAGCAACUUCCUUGGAAAAACAGCACAAACACGACCUCUUGACUGAGCCAGACCUGGGGGUCACCAUUGACCUUAUCAACCCUGACACCUACCGCAUUGACCCAAAUGUACUCCUAGAUCCAGCUGAUGAGAAGCUUUUGGAAGAGGAGAUUCAAGCUCCCACAAGCUCCAAGAGAUCCCAGCAGCAUGCGAAGGUGGUGCCGUGGAUGCGGAAGACAGAGUACAUCUCCACUGAGUUCAAUCGUUAUGGCAUCUCCAAUGAGAAGCCUGAGGUCAAGAUUGGGGUUUCUGUGAAGCAACAGUUCACUGAAGAAGAAAUAUACAAAGACAGAGAUAGCCAGAUCACAGCCAUUGAGAAGACUUUUGAGGACGCCCAGAAAUCAAUCUCCCAGCAUUACAGCAAGCCCCGAGUGACACCGGUGGAGGUCAUGCCUGUCUUCCCAGAUUUUAAGAUGUGGAUCAACCCAUGCGCUCAGGUAAUUUUUGACUCAGACCCAGCCCCCAAGGACACAAGUGGUGCAGCUGCGUUGGAGAUGAUGUCUCAGGCCAUGAUCAGAGGCAUGAUGGAUGAGGAAGGGAACCAGUUUGUGGCCUAUUUCCUGCCUGUGGAAGAGACACUGAAGAAGCGAAAGCGGGACCAGGAGGAGGAGAUGGACUAUGCACCAGAUGAUGUGUAUGACUACAAGAUUGCUCGGGAGUACAACUGGAAUGUGAAGAACAAAGCUAGCAAGGGCUACGAAGAAAACUACUUCUUCAUCUUCCGGGAGGGUGAUGGGGUUUACUACAAUGAGUUGGAGACCAGGGUCCGCCUGAGUAAACGCCGGGCAAAGGCUGGGGUUCAGUCGGGUACCAAUGCCCUGCUUGUGGUCAAGCACCGGGACAUGAACGAGAAGGAAUUAGAAGCCCAGGAAGCACGGAAGGCCCAGCUGGAGAACCAUGAACCUGAGGAGGAAGAGGAAGAAGAGAUGGAGACAGAAGAGAAAGAAGCCGGGGGCUCAGAUGAGGAGAGAGAGAAGGGCAGCAGCAGUGAGAAGGAAGGCAGUGAGGAUGAGCGCUCAGGCAGUGAGAGCGAACGGGAAGAGGGUGACAGGGACGAGGCAAGUGACAAGAGUGGUAGCGGCGAGGACGAGAGCAGUGAGGAUGAGGCCCGGGCCGCUCGGGACAAAGAGGAGAUCUUUGGCAGCGAUGCGGAUUCAGAAGACGAUGCGGAUUCUGAUGAUGAGGACAGAGGCCAGGCCCGUGGCAGUGAUAACGAUUCGGACAGCGGCAGUGACGGGGGUGGCCAGCGGAGCCGGAGCCGCAGUGCCAGUCCCUUCCCCAGUGGCAGCGAGCACUCAGCCCAGGAGGAUGGCAGUGAAGCAGCAGCUUCUGAUUCCAGUGAAGCCGAUAGUGACAGUGACUGAGUC